AUGACCAUUGGAGUCAUUUUUAAACCCUGUUGUGUUAUUAUUUUAAUGGAUUAUGAAUUAUUGUUGGGGCACCUGGGCGACUACAUAGAAGCUUUCGAACUAUUGGUACAGUAUCAUCAUACUGGACGAGGACGUCGUCAUUCCGACGAUAAAGAUGAAGAUGAUGACGAAAGUUCAGAUGAAGAAUUUCCUGAUGACGCUGAUGCCAGUAGCGAAUCAAAUGAUCCAUAUUAUUUAGAAGACGUUGAAUUCAAUCCAAAUUUUAAACAGAUAUCAACAUAUGUUAAAUCAUUACGUUUUGAUAAGAUUAUUCGUGUAGGCCUAGGUAUAACACAGAGUGCAUGUGAUAAUGCAUUCUUUUCUAGUCGAUUUCGACUAAAUGGAACAAAACUUCUUAAAUUGGGUACUAAAGUUUAUGCAGGUGACAAAUUAGAUAUGAUCACUGACAGUGGAGAAGAACCUGUGGGUAAACGUGUACGAGUUGUAGACUUUAUGCAAACAAAAUCAGAUAGUUACAAAUUUUAUUAUGUCAAGUCAUUCCUGGUUAGUCGACCACCACUGGCAAUCUUUUCGUUGGUUCUACUUUUAUGUGCUAUUGCUUUAAUUAGCAUAGACAUAGAAGUCAAUCAGUCGCCGCCACCGAAUGAUCCAGAUGUUGAAAAGCAUUGGAACAAGUUAUUGUUGGAGUUAUCAGGAUUAGAGUUUUGUUUUUCAAAUUCAUCAAAUAGUCGACUUGUAGCAGAGUCGUAUGAAGGUGCACAUGUUCUACGUGGAUUAGACAAUGAUCAACGGAAUACAACCAUCAUUUCACAUGCAAUUUACUUGCCUUUAGUAAUAUAUCCUAAUGCAGAAUUUAUUUAUCAUGUACCGUAUCUGCUGACAGCUCAAAUGCGUGGUCGCCAUAUCGGUAUUCAAGGUCAAUUGGCUUUACAAAGAUUAAAUAUCUCCUUCACAAUACCUUCAGUUGAAAUUGGAAAAAAUCAUAAAAAUCCUGGAUCAAAUUUUGUACCAAUACAUUUAAAGGCUUGUGUAACAUUUACUGCAACACAGGAUAUAUUCCCUCAAACAUUACUUCCUAGAACAUGUAAACCAAAUUCUCUGAAAGGUGAUACAUCUGCACGGAUAAGUUUUCUUGAAUGGUCUAAACGAAGUGAUGUUUUCGACUCAAAUCGAUGUUAUACACGUACUCGAAUACAAACUGAAUUCCAUGUUGCUGCACAUCUUCUCCCGCGUUUGAAAGAGGCGGAUAUACUGCUGAUAUCAUUUCGAUUAAGAUUUCUAGUUUGUGUAGUACUAGUUUUACUAUCUCUCUUCUUAGUUUUUGGUGCACGAAUCGACAUGUAUUCUCCUUGUAACCAAGAAUGUAUGGAACGAUUUAACAAAAGCUAA